AUGCACCUACCUAACGUCGCCAACUCCGUCGCUCUGGACGUCGAAUCGCUAGGCGGGCCUGGCGGCAACGUCGCCGUGUGGACCGUGCUGGACGGCGGCGAUUGUGGGCAGUCGAAACCGCUGGGGUCGUUACAUUCGCUCGGUGCCACGAAAGAGUUGACGACGUGUGAAGGGCCGCGCACGCAAUCGUCUGCUGUCAUGAGCCAAAGCGCAGCGAAACCAGCGCUGUCCAAGACAGUGUCGUUCGAGGGUGCUUCUCAAACGGUGGCGGCCAACCUGACCAAGAGCGAAAUCGAAGCAGCCGACCGGCAAAAGCACCACACCAAGACCGACGUGCCGCCGAACCAAACCAAGAAAAUCGCGGCAGAGCCCCUGAAGCAGGUCGACGUGAUCGACGUCGACAACCACCCGUUGCUGGCAAACCUCAAAGUCGACGGCAAAGAGGUCGGCGCGUACAUGCUGUGCAAGUUUGCGGACGAUGUGCUCGGCCACCGCGCGCGCCAGAUCUUUCGAGAAAAGGCAGCGUCGAUCAAAGGGCACAAUGGAAUCUACUACUACCUGAAGGAUCUCAUGCGACGAUUCAGCCAAGAGGAGGGUGUCGCUGACGCGGCGAAGAAGUCGGGACAGAAGAAGCCGCGUACCGACGACGACGUGGUCCUGGACGAGCAUCAAUUUCGAAAGCUCAUGGCGAGCGACCCGGCGUUCGAGUGCUUGGUCGCGCCGGAAGACACUGCGGUGCUGUUCCAGCGCAUCGUCCACAGCGCGACGAAAUCCACCAUGACCCACAUCGACUUUGUCGAGUUUUGCCUCCUCGAUCGGAUGCAGCUACUCAUCCUCCUCUGCAAGUACUGGAAAUCGCUGCGCCGGAUGAAGCUCACGGACAACGAGCUCCUCGACACGUACCGCCGCAUGACCGUCCAAGGCACAAACGAGUCGGAAAUGGCCGUCGACUUGUUUGGCGCGGCGAUCACGAGGGAGUUUGACGUCGUGCUCACGAUUGGGGAAAUCGAGAUCAUGAUGGACUUGAUCGACUACGACGGCGACGGCAUCGUCAAGCCGGCCGACUUUGAACACUUUUACAAAGACGUGGAUCGCGCACAAAAGCUGGUCGAGCUCAAGGACCCCGAUGGCAUCGUCGACUUGAAGUACUCGACCAACGACCACGAAGCCGCCGAGCUCAAGCGGGCAGGGUACAUUUUGUACCCCAAAAACAUCUACGAAGGGCACGGGGUGCUGCACUUUUGGUACAAGCGCGCCCGACGGGACACCGGCCAGCCCGCGAUCGAAGCGAUUCAGUACUCGGCCACCAACAUGGACACCGCGCUCGUGGCCCAGGGGUUUGUCUGUAUGAAUGGCAACAAACCGUUUGCAAAGAAGUACGUGUGGCUCAAGCACGCGCAAGCGCGGACGUUCCAGGCGCAGGAGCUCGGCGACAUCUUUAUCACGUCUGGCCACACUGCCGAUACCAAGUCGGCGACGCUCUGGAUGCCGCCAUGCCGCGGGUACAAGCAGAUCGACGGCACGCUGGAUGACACAAACAAGUUGACUGCACGGUGGACGACUGGUCGCCGCGGCGUGUUCCUCUGGGUUCGGUAUAUGAACGAGGCCCAUGACGUGGUGGCAUUCAAUCCGCCAGUGUCCCCGACCGCCAUGUCGACCGCCACGUGGUCGCGCGUCGACGAGCUCGAGAAUCAAAUCCGACAGACGCUGCGUCGGCGAUGCCCGGCCGACGCCGACGGCGUCCUCAACUUUCUCAAGUUGUUUGAAAGCCUGGACAAGAAGAACCGCAAGCUCCUGAGCGCCAACAAACUCAAGAUCGGGCUUGUCGCGCUCGGUUGCAAAAUCGACGUCCGCCUGUACGCAGAAGUGUGGAAGCGGGUCGAUGUGAUGGCGGUCAAGCGUGUGGACUUCGACGCGUUCGUGCGAUUUGUCGAGAUGACUGGCACUGAAAUCGACGGCGCGACGGAAGCCCUCCAGAGGAGCAUGACCAAGGGAUCGUCCAAUUACCGGUCUAUCUUCAAGUCGCACAAUGCGGCGGGCGACGGCAUCCUGAGCCGGCACGACUUUUUGCGGAUGCUCGCGGCGGCGCAGAUUCUGGUCGCGCCGGACGAAUUGCUCAAAAUCAUCCAUCGGUUCGACGUGAACCAAGACAACGUUGUCGACUACGCCGACUUUCUCAAGUUUGUCACGGGCGUGUGCGAUAUCCAUUCGCGGCAAGCGGCGCGCGUGGCUGAAGCAGCCGCGGCGUUCCAGGGCUGGGCCAUCGAGCACCAGAACAAGAAGCUCGCGAAGGAUGGCAACAUCGACUCGUCCGCGUCGUGGCGCCUCGUCAAGUCACAAGGAGAUGUCCUCCGUGUCCCCAUGAUCGAUAAGAUUCUGCGGCAGAAAAACUGGCGGCUCGACCCGGCGGAAAUGCGGAGUCUUUGCGUGCUCAUGGCCCCCACCGCGGCCAAAGUCGGUGAAAUUUCGCGCAAUGCGUACCACGCGUUCGUCAACCACAACCCCAAGAAAAUCACAAACCUGGUCGCGUCGGCGCGGAAAGUGGUGGGGAAGAUGCCGGACAACAACUCGGCCGAUGCCGUGUUCAACCAGCUCAACAAACUCGGCCAUGGCAAGUUGCCGCUGGCGACGCUGCACCAGGACUUUAACGCGAUGGCAGUGGACAAGAGCGUCCCGUCCAUCGACAUAAAGGACUUUGUGUACUUGGUUCAGCACACGGGAGCGGAUUCCGGCGGAGAUGGUCUCGUGAUCCUGGAUCGAUUCCUCGCGAGUUUGCGCGACUGUUCCGAGCGGCGCAGCAUGCGGCACGGGUUUGUGACGCCGUUCGACAGUCCCCCGUUUGCCAAAGGGGUCGGCCUCCUUGUUGCCGAGCUCAAGCGGCAAGCGAGGACGCUCGACGGCAAGUACGACUACACUGUGCCGUUCAACGUGCUCGACAAGGAACGGGCGCAGUCGAUUCGUCUCGCCGACUUUGAGACGGGCAUGCGGGAGAUGGGAAUCGGCAAGUACCUCAACGAACAGGAGAUGAAGAGCAUCGUCCGCCGCUUUGACGUCGACGGCACGGGCGGCAUCGACUUUAAUGAGUUUUGUCGGUUCGUCACGACCGACCACGGGGACAGCGCGGCGGGCGACCAUCCGCACGUCAUCUCGGCCAUCAAAGACGCGUUUGUGCAGCUGCCGCCGUACGGGGUCGUGUCCUUUGCCAACAUGAUCAAGCGCAUGUGUUCGAUGGCAGACAAAGAGGGCACUGGGACCGUCUCGGCCACCAAGUUUGAGCAAAUCUUCAACACGCUCGACAUUGCGCUGCCCCGCGCUUCCAAAACGGACCGACCAUACUUGGUCGAGCUGCUCUGCGACAACUCGGACGACGUGCCGUAUGGCUCGUUCUGCGACUUGUACGUGUCGGCCAUGACGACCGAGCCAACGAAACGUACCGAUCUCGACAAAGAGACGCAAAGGAUGCUCGCGGACGCAUUCAACGAGAUGACGAGAGCUGCGGACGAAGUGGCCAAGAGCGGCGGCGGCGCUGCAUUCGACUACGAGCGCGCGUUGGCAGCGUUUGAGAAAGGGGUCAUGCCCGCGGAUUUGAAGCAAGUGCUGUGGGCGGCAGGUGUGCGGUACCCGUUCUCGCCCGAGGAACUGGUCGUCCUCCACCGCGCAUUCCAAACGGACAUGGGCAAGUUCGAUGUGGUCAAGUUUGGCGAGUAUAGCGCGCGCGGGCCGACCGCGUUGGCGUCGCCGGAUCCGGCCGGGAAGCUCGAUGCUGUCGUUGCACAUUUGCAAGACCGCAUCCAGCAGCUCGUGUCGAACGACAAGGACGCGUCGCGCUUCCACAAGUUGUUUUUGGAUUUCGACGCUAACCACGACGGAUCCAUCUCGACGGACGAGUUUCUCGUUGUGCUCGACCAAAUGGGGCUGUCGAAAGGCCUCACGGCGGCCGAAAAAGCGUCGAUCGUUCACUUUUUCGACGUCAAUGGGGACCGCGCGAUCGACUACACGGAAUUCUUUCACUUUGCCAAUCACGCCGACUCGAUGUUGCAAUCCAAAGUCGACACGUCCAAGGCAGCCAUUCCCGUCGACGCCUCGCCCCCGACCGCUCCCGGCACGGGGCUCCCAUCGGCGCCGUCCAGCCCCAUCAAGUCAACAGGAGGCAGCGCUCCGGCCAGCCCUGCGAAACCCACGACGAAAUCCCCCAGCAAGGACAACAUCCUGGCGCUCCAGCACCCCAACGGCAACGUCACCCUCCUUGGGAAGCAGCUUCUUCGCGUGGCCGACUUGAAUCGCAAACUGCCGCGCCAUGGCGGGUUUGCCUUUGCCAAGUACUUUGAAAAGCACAAGGCCCGCCACGACGCGAGUGUGCUGCCGUGGAAGAAAUUUCGGCGCAUUCUCGACAAAUUCCUCGACACGGUGCUCGCCGCGGAAAUGCCGACGAAAGCCGCCGCCCACGACGUCGCGCGCGUCGACGUGUCGUUCCUCGAGAUGCAGUACAUUGUCCGAGAAACGGGAAUGGUCAAGUACCCGCUCUUCCUCCGGGACCUCGAGACAGCGCAUGCCAUGGACGUCCGGCGACCCGACUGGGACGACGACGACCAUGACAACGAUCCCGACCUCGACGACCUCAGCGACGCUAACGUUUCCAACGAUGGGAACAGCAGCAGCAGCAGCAGCGACGAUGACAAAAGCCGUCGCGACUCGAUGGCCAACUCGACCAACUUGCCAGCUCUGCUGGAACGGCUGCUUCAGAAAGCCAACUGGUCCGCGUCGAAAUGCGCCAAAGUCUCACGCCAUCUCGACGAAUGGCUGCCACCUCGAGCAUGCUCGCGCCCAAAGCAGUUCAUGGUCGUGCUGCGAGACAAGGUAUUGCUGCCGUGGAAAAAGUCGGAAUUGGAGGCGGUCGCCACGGCCUGCCGACGGGUGAAUCAGCGCCACCGCGUCGACCCGUCCACGUUUGUGACGGCGAUGCGUGAUGCGCUGGAGCGGUACUCGGGCGUUGCUGCCACAAGGGAAAGUCCCCCUGGAGCGUCCCAUCAAAGCAGCGGGAGCUCCCACUCGACAGCACUCAAACCCGUCGUGGCCAAGAUCUACGACGCCUUCUUACAAGCUGCUCAACGCAACAUCAACGGUCGGGAGCUCUUGGAGCGGUGCGACGUUGGGGGAAGCGGCACGAUAUCGUGGGCCGAGUUUGCGACAGUGCUGCGGCUCAUAGACUGCUGUCUCGCUCCAUCAGACAUGGCUACGAUCCAGCAGGCGCUCCAGUCGCCUUCAUCAUGUCCGUACAAGUCGUUCUUUGCCCUCCUUGAGACGUAUGGCGCCAUGUCGGCAUCGUCUAUCGUGGCGACGAGCCCGCGCCACCAUCGCUCGUCACCGUCGAUGCGGCACCCUUCGUCUCAUCCCCACAUCCCAUUGACGUCGUCGCCCUUGCCGCAUGCCGCCGUGCAUGCGCUCCCAGUAGCAUACACAGCGCCAUCCCCUCCUGCCUACAACGCCGUGUACCCGAGCCACGUCGUCGAAAGCGAACUGCGCGCGAUCUUUGCCGACGCAUUGCGCUCGAUCGACGUCGCGCCGAUCGUGACCGCGUUUCGCCAGUACGACGUCAAAGGGUGCGGGUUCAUCAGUCUCGACGGAUUCCACGCGGCCAUGCGCCACGGCGGCAUUUUCCUCUCCCCCGACGUGUACACGAAGCUUGCGUCCCAGUUUGCGGCCCGGUUUAGCGACGGCAUCGAUUACGUCCAGUUUUGCCACGUCAUGGGGCUGCAGCUACCGCACGUCGACGGCGGCGGUCCGCCGUCGUCAUCUUACGGCCAUCGCAAAGUAGCCCCGCUCCAACUGCCCUUCCCUUCCGAGCCAUCGCCUCGAGCAGGGGCCAUCACGCCGACCGCCGUCGAAUCCUGGCUCCAGCAUGGCGCGUCCGCAGAAGACAAGCGCCGCUUCAACGACAUGUACAACGCGAUCUGUCAGUUCAAGACAAAAGAUCUCAGCCCAGCGCAGGGAUCGGCCCGUCCGCCGCUGCAAACGCCGUCGGCGGCGCUCUCGAGCCGGGACACGUGGACCUGCCCCGUGUGCUUUCGCACGCAGAGCCUGUCGAACACGGCAUGCGAGAUAUGCGCGGCCAAGCAUCCAACGUCCCGCAGUACAUCUCACCCAGACGAGUUUGAAGUGGCGCUGCAGUGCUCGGUGUGCGCGUUCCGAAACAAGCGGACUGCGUCGGCAUGCCGUUUGUGCCAGACGCCGCUGCACCCGCAGCAUCAUGCAUCGUCCAAGGCACGAUCGUCGGCCGCCCCCGCGAGUCCUGGCGGCGACGGAUGGCUUACGUAGACGUUCCAUGACAUCGCGCGCGGCAUGGCUGUCGUACCAAUGCAUACCCUCGUGCCGUCGUCGUCGUUUUAGGUGGCAGAACUCGUUCUUCGUCAUGCGGCGCGAGCGAAUGCAACGUGUACAAACAAAUCUAUGACAGCAUGGAUGAUCGAGUGUUUACACGGCCUUCUUCUCGAUGGCGGCGGGGUGGCGCGUCCGCCCCGCUCCACAGUACGACGUGAUGAAGAAGUAGACAAAGAGCCAAAACAGCGACUGCACGUACACCAUGUACGCAAUCGACACGUUCAACGGGACGGUCGGGCAUGACUUGUACAGGACGAGGAACCCUUGGACGUUCAUGGUGACGAACUGGAGCAGCUGGAGCACGGUUAAGUACUGCUUCCACCAGAUCGUCUUGGUGUGCGCGCUGACAAAGUAGUACAUGUACAUGAUCGUGUGGAUCGCGCCGUUGAGCAAGAUCGUCAUGUAAAUCUCGCCGUCGUACAUGACGCGGAAGAGCAGCCAAUACACAAUCCACACAGUCAAGUGGUGGUACACGUGCAAG